AUGACACCAGGUCCAACGGCCGACACAGAUAACGACCCAGAUGACGCGAAAAAGUUGCAGAAAUGGCAGGAGGAACGUAUCGCCCGACGGUUACGAGGAGAAUAUGAAUCUGCUGCUCUCUAUCUCUCGGAGCUGAUACACAAUAACCUCUCGACCCCAUUGAAUAUCCACUCAGUACGGGUUGAAGGUGCCAAGAACACUCGAGGAUCAUUUCUUGGUUUUCUGAUUGACCCUGUUCUGCUCUCUGAGCCUCAUAACGAUCUGCAAUCAGUUCUGUACGCCGCACGAUCCAUUGCCGACGUCCUUCUCCGGACGGAAACAUUUAGCUCUGUAGAGACUCGCAUAGAGCAUGCAAGAGACGAGCUUGCGGGCCCCAGAGAUGUCAAUCUUGUAUUCAAAACUCGCGAAAGAGGGAGAUGGUUCGUCAAAUCGGCUACGGAGUUUGGGAAUAACGAGGGGAGCGCGAGCAUAACCGCACGUAUACUCAACGUAUUCGGUGGUGCAGAGUCCUUUGAGGCAAACAUUUCUGCUGGAACAACUACGCGCAAAUCUUUCCAAGGAACAUUAUCCGUGCCCACGACCUCUGACCUCAAUUGUCGCGCCGAUUUCACGGUGUUUGGGCUACAUAGAGACCAAACAAGUUUUGCGAGCUGCUGGGAAGUCUUACGCGGCGCGAAAGCUGUUGUCAGGGGAGGGAAGCCAAUUUCUGGGAUGCACGAACUUGCCUACGGGGCAGUUUUUAGAAAUAUCGGCGGACUGACACCUUCUGCUUCGAUGAGCAUUCGAGAAGCUGCUGGUACGACGUCCAAAUCAGCAGUGUCAUAUAAGUAUACAAUCGAUACGAGAGACGAUCGGGUUAUGUCGACACGCGGAAUGUAUGGUAAAAUAUACCAGGAACUCGCUGGAUUAGGCGGCGACGCAUCCUUCUAUAAGGCAGAGGUCGAGAGCCAACUUUCACGGCCACUGUUACCAGGCGUCUCAGGAUCGGUUGCCCUGCGCUCGGGUAUCGUCUGGGCCCUCUCAAGACCGACGUUGUUCUCGGAUAGAUUUCAGCUUGGCGGACCUCUGUCUGUGCGUUCAUUCCAGUCAAAUGGCUUAGGUCCAAGAGAUGGACCCGAUUCCUUAGGUGGUGAUAUUUACUGGUCCGCAGGCCUCAGCAUGAUAUCGAAUAUCCCGAAGAAGGCCCACUGGCCGGUCAAAACUCAUGUCUGGUUGAAUGCCGGGCGUCUAGAUGCCAUGGAUCGAUCUCGUUCGGUGCUCGAGAACAUUAGGGAUACUGUUACGCGACCGUCGGUGUCGGCGGGCGUCGGUCUGAUAUAUAAAUUUGACCCCAUUCGCGUGGAGGUCAAUGUUGGUGUACCACUGGUAGCGAGUCGGAGCGACGGGACUAGACGAGGUGUGCAGGUCGGAAUAGGGCUAGAAUUUCUGUAA